UCUGUGCGUCCGUAAUGACGGCGGCGAUAGCAAUUGCCCACCUGCAUACCUUCUACCUAUUAACCCAAGCUUCCCGUUACUCUUGCUUUGCUUCAGCGACCAAUACUAAUUUUGCCUUUACACUGCACUUUGCUGGGAAAUCGGCCGGUUUCUUCAUCAUGGCCUACGUUGCUCCCAUUCACAAGCCGAGCAGUAUCCGGCAUGCUUUGAAGCUGAACUUCUUGACCCCGGACGAGGACUGUCUAGUGGUUGCUAAGUCAAAUCGGCUCGAAUUCUAUACCCACAAUGCCGACGGUCUAACUCUACAACACUCCAAAGUCGUUUACGGAAAGAUAACCAUGCUUCAAAGGCUCCGCCCUGCACUAUCACCGACCGAUCACCUUUUUGUUGGAACCGAUCGCUUCGUAUACUUUACCUUGUCCUGGAACUCGGAGAAGAAGCACGUCCAGACGGAGAAGACGUUCGAAAGCGUUGCCGACAAUGCUGCAAGAGAGUCCCAAACGGGCGAGCGAUGCCAUGUUGAUCCCUCCGGGCGAUUCAUGACAGUGGAGGUCUAUGAAGGCAUAAUAACAGUCAUACCGUUAGUCCAGCGAGGGAAAAAGAGGAAGCAGGAACCCGACAUUGCCCACCUGGGAGAGCCCCAGCCUUGUCGCUUAUCCGAGAUGUUCGUACGUUCGUCUGCCUUCUUACGCCCUCGAUCAUUCGACGUAAAGCCAAAGCUAGCUCUAUUAUACGAAGACACGCAUUCUACAGUCAGGCUCAGAAUCCGAGACCUUGCCUUUGAAGGCGGGGAUGCCGUUGAGCUUGCUGAAGGCGAGAAUUAUCAAGGAGAACUGGAACUCGGAGCCACCCACUUAAUACCAAUCGAGGGGCCAACGUAUGGUCUAGUGAUCAUUGGAGAGACUUCGAUUGGAUACUACAACGAUCUAACCAAGGAAAUACUCACAGAACCUCUUGAAGAUGCCACUAUUUUUGUCGCCUGGGAACAAAUCGACGCACAACGUUUCAUUCUGGCCGAUGACUAUGGCCGACUCUACCUUUUCAUGCUGGAACUUGGCGAAGAAAAGCAGGUCCUCUCCUGGAAGCUCGACUUGAUAGGGGAAACAUCUCGUGCGUCGGUACUGAUUUACCUCGACGCCGGUUACGUGUUUGUAGGGUCACAUCAAGGAGAUUCCCAGGUCAUUCAGAUAUCCGCAAAAUCGAUGGAAGUCGUGCAAAACUUCUCUAACAUUGCUCCCAUUUUGGAUUUUACAAUCAUGGACAUGGGCAACAGAUCGGGUGAAGGUCAAACAAACGAGUACUCGUCAGGACAAGCCAGAAUCGUCACUGGAAGCGGUGCAUAUCAGGAUGGCAGCUUGAGAAGUGUACGGAGUGGAGUUGGACUCGAAGACUUGGGAGUUCUGGGCGAAAUGGAACACAUUUCCGACAUUUUCAGUCUGAAUUCGGAUGGCCACUCUGAACUUGUCGAUACUCUACUGGUCACGUUCGUAAAUGAAUCCCGUAUAUUCAAAUUCGAUGCCCAGGGGGAGGUCGAAGAGGUGGAAGAAUUUGCUGGUCUGCAGACACUUCAAACAACACUUGCUGCUAUCAACCUGUCGCAAGAACGAGUUAUCCAAGUUACCGACAAGCAAGUCCAGAUAUCAAACCUAGAAAGCGGUAUGGUUGACCAUAUAUGGACUCCGGCCAACAAUCAACCCAUAACGGCCGCAUAUGCCAACCAAAGUCAUGUCAUCCUGUCAUUAGGCGGUGUCACUGUUGCUACAAUGAACAUCGAGACUGGUCUAAACAAAUACACGGAAAAGACAUUCGGUGCCGAGAGUCAGGUUGCAUGCGUUGCGCUCCCGCCUGGGUCUGGCUCUAUAUGUUUCUUAGGCUUCUGGAAGAGCUCUCAGCUUUCUGUCUGCAAAGUAGACAGUCUUGAUGUCAUUUCCACCAUCCAAAUCUCUGACGAUUCUGUGCCCCGCUCGCUACUUCUGACUCAAAUCUUCCAUGACCAACCACCUACCCUCUUUGCAGCUAUGGCCGACGGAAAUGUUGUCACCUAUUCGUUUGACACAUCUAAGAACGAGCUGUCGGGAAGAAAAAGCAUCGUGCUUGGUACACGUGAAGCCGCUUUCCGUGCGUUACCCCGCGGCAACGGCAUUUAUAAUGUGUUUGCGACCUGCGAACACCCCUCGCUCAUUUACGGCUCUGAGGGAAGACUUGUCUAUUCUGCGGUUACAGCAGAAAAAGCGACUGCAGUAUGCCCGUUCAACUCAAGCGCAUAUCCAGGUUCGGUUGCUAUCGCUACAUCGGAAGACCUCAGGAUUGCAUUGGUGGAUACUGAGCGAACAACGCAUGUCCAGACCCUCAAGGUUGACGAGACCGUUAGAAGGAUAGCAUACUCGCCCAGCCUCAAAGCGUUCGGUCUUGGAACAAUCAAGAGGAUUCUGAAAGGUGGAGAAGAGAUACUCCUGAGCCACUUCAAGCUCGUUGAUGAAAUACAGUUCAAAGAACUAGACACAUGGCCUCUAAAAGAGGAGGAGCUGGUGGAAAGCGUGAUGCGUUGCGAGCUCCCCGACGGAUCUGGUAACGUGGCUGAGCGUUUCGUCGUGGGCACUGCAUACCUGGACGAUCAGAAUUCGACGGCUGAAAGAGGUCGAAUUCUUAUACUUGAAGUUACGCAGGAUCGACAACUCAAACUCGUCACCGAACUUGCAGUCCGAGGUGGCUGCAGGUGUCUCGCCAUGUGCGAAGGCCGCAUUGUAGCAGCAUUGAUCAAGACUAUCGUUGUCUACGAUGUAAAAUUUCAAACAGAGAGUAGACCCGAGCUCGUUAAAGCUGCAGCUUUCAGAUGCUCCACAGCUCCGAUCGACAUCACUGUGAACGGUAAUUUCAUUGCCAUCGCAGAUCUUAUGAAGUCACUUGUCGUAGUGCAGUUCUCGCUCGGUGACACAGGCCUUCCAGAUACGCUCACAGAAGUUUCACGUCACUACCAAACCACGUGGGCCACAGCUGUCGCCGAAGUCGACGAAAACACAUACUUGGAGAGUGAUGCCGAGGGUAAUCUUGCAAUACUAUAUCGCGAUCCCCAUGGCGUUAUGGAAGACGAUCGACGGCGACUGAACGUAAGCGCAGAAAUGCAGCUCGGCGAAAUGGUUAAUCGGAUUCGAAGGAUAGAUGUCGCCACUGCUCCAGAUGCCCCUGUUAUUCCAAGGGCAUUCAUGGCUACUGUCGAAGGCUCAAUAUACCUUCUCGCUCUCAUCGCUCCAACCCAUCAAAACCUUCUGAUGACCCUUCAACAAAAUCUAGCUCUCCUUGUCGCCACGCCAGGCGACGUACCUUUCGCAAAGUUCCGCGCCUUCAAAAACCAGGUCCGCGAAAGCGAGGAGCCGGAGCGAUUCGUCGACGGAGAACUGAUUGAACGGUUCCUCUACCUUGACGAUGCUACACAAAGUAAGGCUGUUGAAGGUCUAGGUGCAGAAUGGGAUACCGAAAGGGUUAAGGCGCUGGUGGAGGGACUAAGAAGGUUGUGCUAA